AGAAGGAGGAGGAGGAGGAGGAGAAGAAGAAGAAGAAGAAGAAGGAGGAACAUUCUCCGAGUGGACCCGUCGGAGCGUCAUGGCGGUCCCUCAGUUUCUCUCUACGGCGGAGUUGGUCAAACAAGGAGCGGAAGCUCGCUUGUAUCGGGCAGCGUUCUUAGGAAAGCCGACAAUAAUCAAAGAAAGGUUUCCUAAACUCUACCGACAUCCAGAGCUGCACGACAAGCUGAACUCUCGCAGAACAGCUCAUGAGGUCCGCUCCAUCCUGCGCUGCAGAAAAGCAGGUAUUCCGGCUCCAGCUGUCUACUUCGUGGACUACAAGUACCACUGCAUCUUCUUGGAGGAAAUCGUUGGCUCCUCGACUCUGCGUGACCACAUCAACUCCGUUCAGCGGCGCGACUCCUGCGCAGACCGAGGUCUGCACGAGCUAGCCGAGAGAGUCGGUCGGAUCUUAGCCAAAAUGCACGACGAGAACGUCAUCCACGGCGACCUGACCACCUCCAACAUGCUGCUGAGGCACCGGCCAGAGGCCACGGAACCGGAGCUCGUCUUCAUCGACUUCGGCCUGAGUUACAUUUCGGCUUUGCCCGAGGACAAGGGCGUGGAUCUGUUUGUCCUGGAGAAGGCUUUUCUCAGUACUCACCCCGACACAGACAUGCUGUUUGAGAAGCUGCUAAAGAGCUACGCUGCCACUUCCAAGAUGUCGGCGUCAGUCAUCAAAAAGCUUGACGAGGUACGGCUGAGAGGGAGGAAGAGGUCCAUGGUGGGGUGAUCAUGAGGUGGACGGACGAACACUUACUUUGAGGUUCAGACGAGUGGUCAACGAUUGGACAGGGUGAAGUUAUUAAUCUGUAUGAUGCUGUGCUAUAAAUGAAACAAACACACUUGUUAAUAAAAUGUUGCAAGUUA